GCGUCUGAUUAACAUAAGGAGAGGGGCGUCCAAGAAGAUGAUGUAGAAGAGAGAGAGAGAGAGAGAGAGAGAGAGAGAGAGAGAGAGAGAGAGAGAGAGAGAGAGAGAGAGAGAGAGAGAGAGAGAGAGAGAUGAGCACAGGUGGGAAGCGAUCGAGAGGGGGAAGGGGAGGGGGGGAUGGCGGCGAAGGCAGAGCGGACAAGCGGCCUAAGCGCGCCAAGUCCAGGUAUUAUAGUGGUCCUCGAGAUUACCAUGCAACAGGGGUUCCUAAGGGGGUGGAGGGUUUUUUGAUCAGCGUAGUUGGUGGGAAAGAGCAACCUGCGGGGAGGGAGGCCAUCAACCUACUUGAUGAAUUCUGGGAGGCUUUAGGUGGGAAGGGAGAGGGAGAGCUUCCCCCAUUUGUGUCUUCCUCCUCCCUCUCCCGACCGACCACCGCCACUGCUGCCUUCCCCCCCAGCAGCAUGUCGACAGUUGCAAGCCGUAAUGAAGCUGGCGUUGGAAGUCAUCGCGGCGAUGGCGGCGGCGGUGGCGGUCAUGUUGAAAAUGACGAUGGCGGCGGCGGCGGUGGGGGGCAUGUCAAGAAGGAUGGAGAAAAUGGCGAUGGCGGCGGCGGCGGUGGGGGGCAUGUCAAGAAGGAUGGAGAAGAUGGCGAUGGCGGAGGGGGCGGCGGUCAUCUUGAGAAGGAUGGAGGAGAUGGCGAUGACGGAGGGGGCGGCGGUCAUCUUAAGAAAGAUGGAGGAGAUGGCGAUGGCGGCGGUCAUGUCAAGGAGGAUGGAGAAGAUGGCGAUGGUCGCGGUCAUGAGAAGAAGGAGGGAGAAGAUGAUGAUGGCGGCGGCGGUGGGCAUGUCGCUAAAGAUGGACAAGAUGACGAUGGCGGCGGCGGCCGGCAUCUUGAAAAGGAUGCGGAAGAUGGCGAUGGUGACAGCGGCGGCCGGCAUGUCGAGAAGAAGGAAGCGCAAGAUGCCGGCUAUGGUGGCUGCGACGGGCAUGUCAAAAAGGAUGGAGAAGAUGGCGAUAGCGGCGGCGGCGGCGGCGAUGGCGAUGUCAAGAUGGAUGAGGAAGAUGUACCUCUUGCUUCCGAUGCGCGGGGAAGCGGGAAAUGUCAAGAAAUGAUGGAUAUGAAGCCGAGCGCAAGUGAUGUAGCAGGGGACGUCGAGCUGCCACGUGUGGCAAUCAUCAAGCAAGAAGCUGCGCCGACGUUGGAUUUUAAUGAGAAUGAAAGCGGUGGCAACGACGACGAUAGCGAUGAUGAUGAAGAGGAGGAAGAAGAGGAGGAGAGUGAUGAUGAAGAUGACCCCGCUGCCGCAGCCAACGAUGAUGAUGAUGAUGAUGAUGAUGAUGACGAUGAAGAACUGGUUAAGGUUGAAGACGAGAAAGGGCAUGUGAGAUGGGUGAGCAAGAGAAGGGCCGUGGAACUAGAGAAGCAAAUGCGGUCCAGGAAUGCAGGGGAAGGAGAGAGCGGGACCACCAAAGCUUCUGAACCUGGAACAGGAACAAGACCAGGUGCAGGGCGGGCUGGAACUAUUGGAGUUGUGGACAUUGAUCAGAUGCUACAGACCGAGAUCGCCAUCCUCAAAGACCCGAGUAAGGCGAGAUUUAAAGCCAUUGAAACGGGCUGUAAGGGGCUUGUGUUCAUCCGGAUGAAGAGGUCGGAGGAUGAGAAGAGCUCGGGUACGCCUUCGCCUUGUGCAAUUGUAGAGGCUGUGAUGAAGACUGCAGCAGAGAGGAAAACGACAAAAACUAGGUACUGUCUCCGACUGCUUCCAGUCGAGAUCACCUGCCGUGCGUCGCCGGAAGACGUAGUCAGGGCCGCGAUCCCGCUCAUCCUGCGCGAAUUUCCUGCCGCUGCUACUGCUACUGCGGCCAGCGCAACUGAAGAGGCAGGAUUAGGAGGAGGAGGAGGAGGAGAUGGAGGAGGAGAAGGGGGAGGAGGAGGAGGAAGAGAUGGGGGAGGAGAAGGAGGAGGAGAAGGAGGAGGAGAGGUGGAAUUGAAGCAGAAGGGGUUUAAGUAUGCCAUUGUAUAUGAGGCGAGAGCGAAUGACGGGUUGGACAGGAUGUCCUUCAUAACUGGCUUAGCCGCCGUGGUGCCAAAGGAGCACACAGUCAAUCUUUCCAAUCCGGACAAGAUCAUUCUUGUUGAAGUGCUGAAGAGAACUUGUGGCAUUGCUAUCGUCAAGGAUUUCAAGAAAUAUGCUAAGUAUAAUCUCCGCGUGGUGGCAUCUGAUGUGGCAGAGGCAGAGCGGUCGUCUGGCAUUGGGAGGAGAGAGGGGGGGGGAGGUGUAGGCGGUGGCGGUGGUGAAGGACGCGGAGGAAGAGGAAGGAAAGGAAGGGGAGGGAGAGGAGAGAGAGGAGGGAGGGGAGAGAGAGGAGGGAGGGGAGGGAGGGGAGGGGGCGGAGGAAAAGGAGAGGGAGGAGGGCGAGCCGAAGGAGAAAGCAAUGGACAGACAAAAAAGGAGGAAGCAGGUGGGGAAGUGGAAGAAGGGAUGGUAAUCAGAGCCUUGAUUGAGAUGGAAUCGUUGGCAUUGGCUGCUGAGAUCCAGGACUGUGCCACGUGGAUCAAGGAGAAGGGGAGGGGGGGAAAGAGUAACGAGGCCGGAGGAAUGGUGGUAGCUGAGACGGGGAAGGAAGCAGGAGUGGGAAAGAGCAAGGAGGACAAUGGGGCUAAUUGAGAGAUGGGUGGAGACACUGGCAGUGGCUGGCGAGAGCCAGAAGUGUGCCACGUGGAAGAAGCUGAAAUGGCAGUGAUAACGGUUGGAUCCAUGUCUGACCGAGGGUUUGAACUGGUAACCUCUGAAGUGUCUGAGAAGGAUGUGCCACGUGGAAGAAGCUGAAACUGCAGUGAUAAUGGUGGGAUCCGCGUCUGAAUGGGGGUUUGAACUAGUUACCUCUGAAUUAUGUGGGAAGGAUCCAUGCCUGAAUGAGGGUUUGAGCUGGUUACCUCUGAAGUGUCGGGGAAGGAUGUGCUACGUGGAAGAAGCGCAAAAAACAGCAGUGGUAAUGGUCGGAUCCGUGUCUGGUUGGGGGUUUGAACUGGUUACCUCUGAAUUAUCUGGGAAGGAUCCAUGUCUGAAUGAGGGAUUGAACUGGCUACCUCUGUCUGGGAACGAUGUGCCACGUGGAAGAAUCUGGGAAGGAUCCAUGUCUGACUGAGGGUUUGAACUGGUUACCUCUGUCUGGGAAGGAUGUGCCACGUGGAAGAAUCUGGGUAGGAUCCAUGUCUGAAUGAGGGUUUGAACUGGUUACCUCUGUCUGGGAAGGAUGUGCCACGUGGAAGAAUCUGGGAAGGAUCCAUGUCUGAAUGAUGGUUUGAACUGGUUACCUCUGUCUGGGAACGAUGUGCCACGUGGAAGAAGCGCAAAAAACAGCAGUGGUAAUGGUCGGAUCCGUGUCUGGUUGGGGGUUUGAACUGGUUACCUCUGAAGUGUCUGGGAAGUAUUUGCCUGCACAACGCUUAGGUUGGCAGGGGCUGCAUGCCGUUGCACUUUGUGCACGACUUC